AUGGCCCGUCCUCUGGCUCUGGAGCCGAUAAGAGGGCAUUUGGGUGUUAAGAGUUCCCUAAAUGGGAGUGCAGACUUUGACAGACUUAGUUUUAUGGGGGAACAGCAUCCGCCACCUCCCCUCCACAGUUACCUGUGGCUAACAAUCCUCACCUGCUUCUGCCCCGCGUACCCAGUCAACAUUGUAGCUCUGGUCUUUUCAGUACUGUCCAGGAAAAGUUACGAGUUGCAAGACUAUGACGGCUCGCGACGACUCGGUCAGAAAGCUCUCCAAGUGGCCAUCGCCUCCAUCAUCAUCGGCCUCCUCAUCAUCGCCAUAUUUAUCAUCGUUCACUUCACCACGUAUAAAUUGUAG